UAAGCAUUUAAAUACAUGAGUUUUACUUUCUAAUGUUUAUAAUAUAAUUGUUGUUGACUAAUUGCCCUAUUUAAUGAAAUAUGUAGGCCAAAUAUGAUGUUGACGACAGUGACAGGUGUAAAACUGCCAUAAUUAAGCGUGCUAAUGAUAUGUGGAAAGACUGGAAGAACCGAUUACGAGGAACUGUCCUGGAUAUGUAUGAUAAUGAUGGAGACAGGAAAAAAAAUUGCCCUAAUGGCGUAAAGCUAGAAGAUUGGGUCAAAUUCGUUGAUUACGAAUCUACAAAAGAGGCAAAGUCUCGUCGUGGAAAGGGAAAGGAAUCCAGAAGCGAAAUGAAGUUCCCUCACACGACUGGGCGACGGGGAUCUGCUAGGACGGCAGAGUUGAUUGAGCUGAGCAUCACAACGGAAAAAAUAAAAGACAUAGUUGCCAAUGACCCGGCUUGUAUACAUAAUGAUUUAAAUCAUGACCCGGUUGCACAGGUUUGUGGUCUUGAUAAAAGAGGACGUGUAAGGGGGUUGGGUCAUAUUGCAAAAACUACCAUUAUUGCUUCAACCCCUUACAUUAAUGAAAUUAGAGAAGGAAAGGGUGAAAUUGCUGAGGUUAAAGCAUCGAUAAUUGUAUUAAAAGAGCAAAUGGAAAACAAGAUCAACGAGUGCAAGGACAUGAUAUUGACCAUUGGAGAACGUUUGCUUGAAGUUCAGAAUCAAAUAAAUACUCCAGUUCAACCAAUGCAAUGCUCUCCAGGCACUGCUGGUUCUCAGGUAUUUUAA